CAGAGCCAGCGCUGUUGAGCCUGAGAUGUGAGAUGCAACUCAGAGGGACACGCUCAUAGAGGCAAAGUUGUGGCACGGUCAUCCCCGGACUAAAAGGUCCCGCAGCAAUAUCUCUCUGUCAAAAAGUACUUCACCGGUGACGCGCACGCCUUUCUAGGACGCACAAACCCGGAGCGAGAAAACCACAAAUUAGUGAAAUUAAACUAAUUGAACAUUGCGGCAGAAGCUCGUCGAGGACUGAAGGAUAUUUCAGCAGUGUUGGGUUGGGAGAGGGCCACAAUGCAACAGGCCUGCAAAGUCACGAUAACAACCAGCUCACAGUUACACACGGUGUAAAGCUAAUCUUGAUGCAGCCAUAGUAACAAGUGCCCUUUCGACCGACCAGAAUGACACUCGGAGAAUAGGCUUCUUGAGGUUUUUCUUCAGCUCCAGAGCCUUCAGGCAUCCCACCAAAUCAGCAUUCAAAGUGAAACCAAGGCAGCCAUGAACCUGUUUAAGAAGGAUGCCAUGACCAUGAAGAAGGAGAAGGAAAAAGAGAUCGAGUAUGAGGACCCUCCAGAUGGAGGUUGGGGCUGGAUGGUGGUGCUGCAUUGCUUCCUGGUAAAUGUCCUCGUAAUGGGAACACUGAAGAGUUUUGGGAUCUUCUUUGUGGCUUUCCAAGACGAGUUUGGUGGUUCGUCUGAGAGCAUCAGCUGGAUUGGUUCCAUCAUGUCCAGUCUGCGUCUGUCUGGAGCACCCAUUGCCUCUGUGGCCUGUGCCAAGCUAGGAACCAGGGCGACCUCCAUCGCCGGGGCGGUGCUGGUUAGUGGAGGCUUCAUCCUGAGUAUAUUUGCCCACAGCGUAGUGUACCUCUACGUCAGCAUGGGAAUGAUAGUUGGAAUUGGUUUUGCACUACUAUACCAAGCCUUCUCAGUGGUCACAGCGAUGUACUUCCGAAAGAGGUUAGCGACAGCUUAUGCAAUUGGGCGUUCUGGGAUGGGUUUGACCUUUGCCCUUGCUCCCUUCACUCAGCUGCUCCUGGACAAGUAUGCUUGGCAAGGUGCAAUGCUGAUUCUUGGCGGUCUUAUGCUGAAUCUGGUGGCUACUGGGAUGCUUCUGCGACCACUCAAUGUGAAGUCUCCCUUGUCCAACCCUACCUCUUCUCCCAUUCAAAAGAGCCCGGCUGUUUCCCUCAAGAGCUCCUCGGAGAAGGAAUACACUAAGAACUAUUUGAAUGGCUCCUCUCACUUAUCCAAUGGCAUCUCCAAAGCAGACUCAACCCCAUCCUCUCCUCCUCCCCCUCACAGGGACACUGAGAACCCGGGGGGCCAAUGUACUCCAGGGCUCCCGGACCUGUCCGCAAACCCUGAACUGACAAGACUGGUCCUUAAUGGUGUAAAUGGCCAUGAGGCCCACAAUGACUUAGGUCAGUGUAAGCCAACAACACCAGACAGCUCAGCGGAGGUUAACGGCAGCAUGAAUGGCUCCACCAUUGUUGGACUGACGUCGCAUGCCAGCACACCGAGUGAGGUGACGGUCACAAAUGCCAAAGUUUUGGAUUUCUCCCUGCUGAAGGACCCAUUUUUUUGUAUCUACACUUGGUCCUUGGUCUUCAGCCAGCUGGCCUACUUCAUCCCAUAUUUCCACCUGUCUGCCCGAGCCAGAACCCUGGGCAUUGGUGCCAUGGAUGCUUCCUUUAUCAUCUCUGUGGCAGGUAUCACAGAGACCAUCGCACAGCUGGCCUCCGGCUGGCUGACAGACAAGAACCUGCUCCAUAAAUACCAUUAUCACAAGGCCUACCUGAUCCUCUGUGGCCUGGUCAAUCUGCUCUCCCCACUGGCAACCUCCUACAUCCUGCUGAUGGUUUACGCUGUCUUCUUUGCCAUCUUCUGUGGUGGAUACAUGGCUCUGCUGCUGCCCGUUCUAGUAGAUCUUGUCGGGGCGGACAAACUCAACAACUCCAUGGGCUUCUCCAUGUUCUUCGUUGGCCUGGGUUGCCUCACAGGACCUCCUUUGGCAGGCUUCCUGUACGACUACACUCAGACUUACGACUGUUCUUUCUACCUGGCCGGGCUCUGCUAUCUGCUCUCCUCCGUCUCGCUGUUCCUGGAGCCUCUGGCUCAUCGCUGGAAAGACAGAAAAGAGGUGACCCAGACCACGAGAGCGGAAAGCAGCUGUAAGACCAACGGCUGCUUCACCCCCGACCGCCUGCAGAACGGCGCUGUGUAGGAAUGAACCCAGAGAGGCCUGCGAUCUUGAACCAGCAUGCUCAUAACUUUCCAUGGGCUCGCAUACCUUGGACUUUGGUCUCCAGCUUAAAGUCGGGACCCAAAUGACCCUUAUUUCAGCAGCCGUGUAACGGGCUGAGAAGACCACAUUACCACGCCUGAGAACAUGCAAUAGUCAGGAUGAUGAACUUUCUAAAGAGCCAAAAUGUUAGUGUUUUUUGCAAUAUAUUGUAACCCUUAUUCAUGUUCUUAUUAGAGGUAUAUGCAUCCAAACUAAAGAUAAUCCCAUAUAUAUAUAUGUAUAUAUAUAUUAUCCAGCACAACUAAUUAUUAGUUACUUUGCAACAAUUAGGCCUACUUCUUCAAACACAACAUAUCUGUUUUCCAAUACAAAAAGAACACAGUAUCUUUGCAUUACACGGUAUAUUGCUGGAAACUAAGCUAUGCAGUUUGAAAUCAUGUUAUCCACAAUCCUCCUCUAAUGUCUGUGAUGGCAUUAAUUGAAGCACACAUCCAUGAACAAAUACUCAUUUAUUUUCUAUAAACCUGUACUCACUGGUAUGCACUUUUACCUAUUCUGUAAUACAUGUGAUCUUCUGCCAGAUGGUUAAAAUGUGCAUUCUGCAAUUCUGGAGAAAGGUGGUUGAUAUUUGAAGUCAACACCCAAACAACCCCCCCUCUCCCUCUCACUUUAUACACCCACGUUCUUACCCUGUCCGGAGCAUGUUGCUGAUUAGCAGUGUUCUAUGGCCAUUUUUUUCCUAAUUUACAGAGCCAGGGCUUUUUAUAUUUUUUCAUCAAACAUGACAGCUAGUCUGCCUUGAGCAGAUAUUUGCUGAAUUUGACAAUGUGUAUGAGAAUCGCUGACUGCACCUUUAAGAUAUUUGGCAACAACUAAAUUGCAGGCUACUUUUUUGACACAAAAUGUAACCUGCUCUUCAAAGCCAAAAAGGAGCAACUGCUUCAGUAGUUUAAUCUCUUGCCCCAACAAGUGUAUUUUAAGCACAGGGGUAGAGUGUAUGGCAUGUGCUACUAUUUAGAGGUAUAAUUAUCUUCUUGUAUUUAUGUCUUUAUUAUUAAUAUUAGAGACACUUCUCUCGUCUUGCAAUUACUGCAGCAUGUUGGGCAAACUAUUCAAACUUCAAAACCUCUUCAACUGACACCUCACGGUAACUCAUUUGUAAUUCACCUGACAUUAUUCUUGUCAUUGCUUACAUACUAUCUGCCACUGAAGGGUUUUAAAGGUCACUCACUUUCAUUUUUCCCACAUGACAGUUCAACUGCUUCGCUUUCACCUCAGCUGCCUUCAUCUUAUAUCCCUAAGCUGACAGUUUAACCACAUUAAUCAAAUUAAACAAAUGGCUGCCAAUAGGGAACAAAAUGGGAAAUGUUAAAUGCUUUCAGCCCCAACACAGAUUUCAGCUUUAUAUCUAAAACGUACACUGAUUUCACCUCUGCUCCUUCGAAUACUUUAGAUGACAGUUCAACCCCUUCGAUCACUUUUGAAUCUGUUUACAGUUUGUACUUUUUUUAUUAUCUCAACCUCAGUAGUAACAUUUUAAAAUAAUUAUAACCACUACAAACCAUCCUGUGCCUCUCUCCUUUUGUGGGAAAAGUAAUGAUUUAUUUAAAUGGUUUUUCUAAUACAUUGACACUUCACAUCAUGCUUUACCUCCAUACUACAAAACGGUCACGUCUAGCUCAUCUUUUGUGAGCCGUUCUAUGCAAGUGCACACAGAGAGAUUUCUUUCAUCGAUAGCUCACUUGCACAUACUUUUAACAGAGCAAAUACACAAGUUCCUGUUAGAAAAGGUGUGUUGGCUCGAGAUUUAGGAAUGCUUCCUAAAUAUGUUGAUCACAGUUGUAUUGCUGUGUAGCAGGGUUUCUGUGUCAUUGUGUGUGAUUAAGUCUCAUUUUGUAGGUCUGUGAAUCACUGAAAGACUGUUUCAAAGGCAUUUCUCCCAUAUUGCCCAUAUGAACUGGGCUGGUUUUAAACUGUUGCCCAGCCUUUACAGUGCCUGCAGCAGCCAAUUGAUGGCAAUUCAAUGUAUAAUUAUAUUGUGUCCGUUGGUUGUUUGAUUUUUUUUAGUGAAGGUUUAUCUUUGUUUUUUUACCACUGUUUGCCUUACAAGGUACUGUAUUGUAUCUUUACUAACCUUCCUGUGAUGUCAGCCAAAGACACAAUAGAGACCUACCUACAACUUGAAACGUAUAAGUACAAAUGGAUUGUACUGUUGAAAUGUAUAGACCACAGUGACUAAUUCAUUUCUUUGAAGUCUUAACUGAGGGCCCAGCAGCCAGUGAUAGAGAUGUGUUUUGUAACGCUGCCCUCUCGUGGCGGAGGAAGACCUCUACUCAAAGAAUGCUGCCUCAAUUAGUAAAUUAGUACCACAUUAUUCCCCCUCAUCUCACUUUCACAAUACUGAGCCAGGCUCUUUGUAUUGUUUCAAUAACGACAGUCAUGCACAAAAGCUCUUUUGGCUCACGAGUUGCAUUCACCAUCCGUACGCAUUUGUGAAUGAGGCCCCCUGAAUAUUCGUACAAGUAAAUCUUUUAUGAAAUGUUUUGGAAGAAUGUAAAAUAAGAUAUUGAUUUGGAAGUAUUAUACUUGCUUCAGGAUAUUUUAAGAGUUAAUGUGUUGGUCCCCUUUGGUAAUGUCUGAAACUCCUCUGAUAAUGAGCUCAGUUCGGAUUGAUGGUGUUUUUGUUGCAGCAAAUGCAUUUAUGGGAAAUUAUUGUUUUGUCACUAUACUCUGGCUCCCGGGUUUGUAAACUGAUAUUUUAGAAAAUAUGCUUAAUCAAUCAUAGAUAUCCUGUUCCAAGUCCUUCUCUCAUUUUGUAACAGAGCGCAGUCAGCUGUAAUAAACUGACAUGUUACUCAAGUCUGUUAUUGUGUGAUUCAGAUAAUAAAUGAACUGAUGCCACACUCA